AUGGAGUUUCGCGACCUUGCUGCCACCGGGAAAUUCAUCACGUACAGCCUGCGCCAUCCCCUGGAGGGAUGGUUGAGCUUUGGGCCGUCCCUGAACGAGGCCACCUUUGGGUUGCUGGGCUCCUCGUUUCAUCCGGAUCGCGAUAUCGCCGAUCUCAAUGGGAAGGUCGUUUUUAUUACAGGUGGCAAUGCCGGCCUCGGCAAGGAGACCAUCCUCCAACUCGCCAAGCACCGGCCAGCGCGUAUCUACCUCGGUGCGCGCACUGAGAGCAAGGCUCUAGAAGCGAUCAGGUCAAUUAAGGCGGCGCUGCCCACUCCCGUUGAAAUUACAUACAUCCCGCUGGAUCUGGCAUCCUUCCGAUCUAUCCGCGCGGCUGCCGCUCAAUUCCAGUCGGAGAGCGACCAGCUGGAUAUUCUCAUCCUCAAUGCGGGCACAAUGGGUAACCCGCCGACCAAAACCGAGGACGGGUUCGAGGUGCAGCUCGGCACUAACCAUGUCGGCCAUUUCCUGCUCACCAAGCUCCUGCUGCCCACCCUGCAAAGUACCGUGACCAGCGCCCGUGCCCGCGGCGAGGACCCCGAUGUCCGGGUCGUGAGUGUGUCCUCAGUAGGACACGCCAUUGCCCCAUCCUCGUUCGAGGAGCUCACUUCUACGCCGUCGCUGCUGGCGGCCAGCACCUGGACCCGCUACGGCGCCUCCAAGGCCGCCAACAUCCUGUUUGCUUCCGAGCUGGCCCGUCGGCAUCCCGAGAUUCUGUCUGUCUCGGUGCAUCCCGGUGCCGUGGAUAGUGACCUCUAUUUGCAUGCUAAGGCGCUGGGCCCGAUGGCUAAAUACUCUAUGACGGCGGCCUCGUCUUUGUUCUUUCGCCGCACUUCCACCGGCGCUUUCAAUUCCCUCUGGGCGGCCACUAUUGCACGAGACAGCAUUGUCAAUGGCACCUACUAUACCCCUGUUGGAUACCGUAGUGACGGCACUGCGCUCGUGCAAGAUUCAGAGGUUGCUCGCCAACUCUGGGAUUGGACCGAGGCCCAGGUUGCUGAAAAGAGCACAUAA